CGUUAAUUCAUUGCGUUUGCGUUGCGAUUUGUGUUCAAUUGAAACCAAAAUGGAAGCGUUCACUUCGUUCUUCGAUUCCCAAUCGUCUUCGAGAAGCCGUUGGAGUUACGAUACUCUCAAAAACUUCCGUCAGAUUUCUCCGGUCGUUCAGAAUCACAUCAAACGGGUUUAUUUUACAUUAUGUUGUGCUGUGGUUGCUUCGGCUGUUGGAGCCUUUCUUCAUGUGCUAUGGAACAUUGGAGGGUUUCUCACUACGUUAGCGUCCCUUGGAAGCAUGAUUUGGUUGCUUUCAACACCCUCUUUUCAAGAGCAAAAGAGGUUGUCUCUGUUGAUGGCUUCGGCCCUGUUUCAGGGCGCCUCCAUUGGACCUUUGAUUGAUUUGGCUAUUGCAAUUGAUCCGAGGCUUAUCUUUAGCGCAUUUGUGGGAACUUCUUUAGCGUUUGCUUCUUUCUCUGCGGCUGCUUUGGUUGCAAGGCGUAGGGAGUACCUCUACCUUGGUGGCUUGCUUUCUUCUGGCUUGUCCAUUCUUAUGUGGUUGCACUUUGCUUCCUCCAUCUUUGGGGGUUCAACAGCGCUCUUUAAGUUUGAUUUGUACUUUGGGCUGUUGGUGUUUGUAGGCUACAUUAUAGUAGACACUCAAGAAAUAAUUGAGAGGGCUCAUUUUGGCGACCUGGAUUAUGUUAAGCAUGCAUUGACCCUGUUCACUGAUUUGGUUGCAAUCUUUGUUCGGAUUCUCACUAUAAUGUUGAAGAAUUCAACCGAGAGAAAUGAGAGGAAGAAGAAGAGGAGAGAUUAAUAUUCUUACUAUCAGGCUUGGGCUUCUUUUCAGUAAUUUAGUUUGUAUCCUCCAUACAUAUACAGCUGUUUAUAAAGUUUUUUGUUCCGUUUUUAAAAUUAUGUGCAGUUAGUUGUGUGCCUGCCUUAUCCCAGUGGUAAAUGCCAGGAUUUCAUUUUAGCAUCUUGAUAUGUAUUUUCUAAUAAUCAGUAAUCAAUCGGAUAGUAUGAUACAUCUUUUGUUCA